UUUAUGUCUAUGAUUCUAUCACUUGAUUGUUAUUGUUAAUCAUAUUCAUAAAUUCCUAAUUCAUUAACAUAUUUAGUUUGUAAAUUGAAAAAAUAUAAAAGCUAUAUCUUUUAAUACAAAAUUAUUGUUAAACUUGUGAAUUUUAGGAAUUAUGGCGGCGCAAGUACCUUUAUUAAAUUUUGAAUUGCUUGCUUUUGAGUGUUACCUAAUGUUGAUUUGAUGGAAUUUUUCUUUCAAAUGGUCAAAGAGAACCUAAUUGAUGUCAAGUGUUUCUUUUUAAAAAUUUUAAUGUCAGUUAUUAAUAUUUAUCAUGUGUGAACUCUCUCUUGAUAGUUUAUUAGUAACUAGUAUAUAGGCAUGGCCACGGGGCGGGUUACCCGGAACCGAACCGGUCCCGAACCGCUUGGAACCGAAUCCGGAACCGGAACCGUUUGCGACAGGUUCCGAACCGCCCCGAACCGCGAAACCGUGAAACCGCCGGAAAAAACCGUCGUAAACCGGGUAAAAAACCCGCGGUUUGGAACCGGAACCGGUCCGGGAGAACCGGCCCAACGGUUCCAUGGAACCGGAACCGGAACCGGUCUGGUUGAACCGGCUCAACGGUGUGGAACCGGAACCGGGACCGGUCCGGUUGAACCGGUUCCAUGGAACCGGUUCGCCAAAAUAUGACCGUUUUGUUACCGUUAACUAGCCGUUGCAUUCUCCUCUAUAUAUACUCAUCACUUUCAAUCAUUUUCAUUCACAACUCAUCUCUUCUCCUACUCUCUCUACUUACUCUCUCUGCUUAAUUCUUUAAUUACGCAAUUAUUCUCUUAAUUACAUAAUUAGUCUUUUAAUUAUUUCUUAAUUUAGUUAGUUACAUAAUUAAUUAAUUAUUUAUUUCUUAAUUCUAUAUUUCUAUUAUUACUUCAAUAUUAUCAAUCAUGUCUUCAUUUUUGAAAAAAGCCACAAAAAAAGUUACUAAAGUGGCAAAAUCAUUGGGAGGUUCCAGUUCCUCCAAAAGAAAGGCCACUUCUACUCCGUCGGUAUCAACAACACCUUCCAUUAGUAAUUAUAAUUAUGAACAUAAUUAUCCGGAAGGGUACGACCCAGAGUUACAUAAUUAUGCAGAAGAAGUGGAAAGAGAAAUACAAAUUGAUGAAGAAGAAGAACAAGAAGAGGAACCAACGACCCCAAUUGGGAUAAAUAUAUCUCGACAGUCAUCAACAAGAUCACAUGAAGAACAAGGAGAACAACAACAACAAAGACAAGCUCGUGGUAAACGAGUCAAUUUCCAAACUAUCGAUGAAGAUGAACCAGUAAGACAACCUUUUCCGGCAAUGCCACCUCCUAGUGGUAGAGCUGUUUCACAUGUGUGGUCGUAUUUCACAAAAGAACCAACCGAGAAUCCAGAUAUUUUCUUAUGCACUUAAAAAAGUGUAUUGGUCAUUAGAUACUCCUACACAUUGGGACUCAACCAACGAUUUAUUAAGAAAGGCGAUUGCUUAUCGCCCAGUAAUAACACAACUAUAUAGUGAGUGUACAGAUAGUUUCAGAGCUGAUGACACUUGGGAAUUAGCUAUAGGUGUACAUAACAUAUUAGAAGCGUAUGACCACGCGACUAAGAUUUUUUCUUAUGUUUAUGAACCGAACGUUCACUUAGUAAUAAGUGAAUGUAUUACUAUUUUUUAUCAUCUCCUUAAAUAUACACAUGAAGAUACUAACCCAAAAUUGAGGCCGAUUCUUGUAGAUAUGAUGGAAAAAUGGCAAGCAUAUUUUACCGAUUUUCCUUAUAUUUAUGGAACCGCAACCAUUUUGGACCCACGUUUUAAAACCGAGGUCCUUACUAAAGUAAUAGGAUUUUAUUACCAAUCGUUAGAUCGCCCGUCUACUGAUGUACAUAAUUAUGUAGGAACAUGUAAAAAAUAUUAGCAGAACUCUAUGAUUUUUACGCUAGUGUAUAUAACCCGAAACGCGAUAUGUCUAGGUGUGCUAGCGUUUCGGCACGUCCCUCUUACUAUAAUUCGGUAAUAGCUAACAUAAUGACUCAAGAUGAUAGUUUUGUAGGAUCAUCUUCUUCUUCCUCGACCUCAUAUUUAGAACUAGAUAGUUAUCUUAAACACCACUUUGAAAUAGACCAAAGUAUCUACAAUAUUUUGGAGUGGUGGAAAGAAAAAUCUGUUAAAUUUCCCAUUUUAUCGAGAAUUGCAAAGGAUAUCCUUGCAAUUCCCGCGUCAACAAUUGCGUCGGAGUCUGCUUUUAGUGCAGGUAGAAGAGUUUUGGAAGAAAAGCGAUCUCGUCUUGCUCCACAUAGUAUUCAAAUAUGUGUUUGCAAAAAAGAUUGGGAUCAAGCGGAGAUUCGAACACAAGGACUAAGGAAUGAUGAUGAUCAAGACGACGAUGAUGAUCCAUGGAUGAUGAUGGAUACAUCUGCAUCAUCGUCAGGAGGAGAGUCAGCGGAAGCAUCUAAUCAACCACAUGAUGAUGACGAAGAUGAAUAGGAUCAAUCCGACAAGCGACAACGAUAAAUCAACAUUCAACAACUAUAAAUAAAAGGUAUGACAAAGAACUACGUGGGCUUUGAUUCCUUCGGGAUACGUAGGCAGCUUAGUAUUCAUUUGGGUACUAGGUUCAAGUCCAUUUUCUCCCUCUUUUUUUAUUAAUCAUCUUUAUUGACAUUAUCAUUGAUUCGUUUCUUAUUAAUUUAUUUUUUUCCAUUCUUUUUAGUAAAUAUUUCAAUAACGAUGACAACUUGACAUGCAAUGAAUUUCGCUAAUAAUCAAGUAAUCAUCAAAGGUACGUCCGCGAUAUUAUAGUAUUUUUUUAUUAUAUAAAUAUUUAAAGAAAAAAUAAAAAUGGAACCGAUGGUCCGACCCGCCCGUCCCGUGAGUUGGAACCCCGUAACCGCCUCAUGAACCGCCAAGGAACCGCCCGGAACCGCCCGGAACCGGAACCGGAACCGGAACCGUUCGCGACAGGUUCCAAAUGGAACCGGAACGGAACCGGACCAACCCGGACCGUGGCCAUGCCUACUAGUAUAUAUCUGGUGCAAUGCAUGGAUGUAUCAGUUCAUUAAUUUAAUUUAUAUAAAAAAUUAUUAAAUAUAAAUGUUUAUGUUUUUAAACUAACCAUUAUAAUUGAUCAUAACUAUAUUUUACUAGCUAAAACGAUUAUUACUAAAUGAUAAAAAAUAAUUUUUACUAAUGAAAGUUUUUCUUUCCUAAGUAAAUUGAUUAAUUUGAGAAAACAUAUGAAUUUAAGGUUUGCUAAACAGAGGCUAAAUUAUUCUACAAACAUUAUUACAAACUUUCUUCUUUAUAUCCAUACACAAACACUUUGUUGAUGACAUGCUCUAAUUAUAAUUUUCUUUAUUAUAAUUUUCAUUGUAAAAUUUUUCUAGAUAAGAUUUUAGUUAUUAUUUGUAAAUAUUGAAGUAAACUGAAUAAUUAUGUUGACGAAUAUCAAUGUUAUUCUGGAUAUUAAUAUAUAUUUUAAGAGUUUUUUAUGUCUGGAAGUUAAGAGAUUUUAUAACUCUAAACCUCAAACCUCAAAAGGAAGAAACCAAACAAACAAACAAACAACACCAAAUCAAAAGCUACCAUACAAAGAGACAACAACAGGAAAACCCAAAUCAAGUACACACCAGAUUAUCCUUCCAUCUAUUAUCAAUACGAGCAGCAACAUGAAAGAUAAUGGACUUAGCAACCUGCUGAUUGAAAAGAUGUUGUCCACCAAAAAUUCUAAUGUUCUUCUGCAUCCAGACAUGAAAAACCAACUCAGACCAACACAUAGAGAUGAUGGUAGACCACAUACUUUUGCGCUUACUUAUCCUGCUCAUGUACUCCAUGUCAAGCUUAAUGUCCCCACGCCACUGAAUACCAAAAAUGAAGUGAAGGAGAGCAGCCUGGAUAGCCUUCGUGAAACUACACUUACUAAAAUAUGGUCCCUAGACUUAUUAAUAAACUUUCAGAUCUAGAAACUUGAUAAAGGGUCCCAAGUCAUUCCCUAUUUUCUGAGUUGAUCAAUAGUAGGGAGCUUGUCCUAAAGAGCUUGCCAAAGACAUAAGGAGCUCCUUGGGGUAGCUCUAUUCCUGCACCACAGAGGCCUCCAAAAGGGCUUAAUAUUUCGCCCAAUCAUAUUUUGAUAUGCAGUUUGGAGGUUAAACUUCCCAUUCACAACAUAACUAUUCAAAUCACUCUUAUUAUUAACCAAACCUCUACUUUCAACAAUCUUUCAAAGCAUCCAAGAGUUUCUUAUU